GUGUGGAGUCUACAGCUCUAUAUAUAGUGGCUGUUUCCAUAUUACUUGGUGCUCUGCAAUCCCUCCAUAUUUUUAACUCACUUUUGCCAAACUGUUUAACCCAAAAGCAAAAAAACCAGUAAAAUUUUGUGGAGUUUGGAGAUGGAAGAGAAGCUUUCGAGAUCAAGAUUCAAGAGGGUUUGUGUGUUUUGUGGCAGCAGUACUGGGAAGAGGAACUGCUACAAAGAUGCUGCCAUUGAAUUAGCUGAAGAGCUGGUUUCAAGGAGGCUUGACCUUGUGUAUGGUGGAGGGAGCAUUGGGCUGAUGGGUCUGGUUUCCCAGGCUGUUUAUCAUGGUGGAGGGAAUGUUCUUGGGAUCAUACCAAGAACUUUAAUGUGUAAAGAGAUAACAGGUGAAACAGUUGGAGAGGUAAGGCCAGUAGCCGACAUGCACCAAAGGAAGGCAGAAAUGGCCCGCCAUUCCGAUUGCUUCAUUGCCCUACCAGGUGGCUAUGGAACUUUGGAGGAGUUGCUAGAAGUGAUAACUUGGGCACAGCUUGGAAUCCAUGACAAACCUGUGGGAUUGCUGAAUGUUGAUGGAUACUACAACUACCUCCUCACUUUUAUUGACAAAGCCGUGGAUGAUGGCUUUAUCAAGCCUUCGCAGCGCCACAUCAUAGUCUCUGCCCCCAAUGCCAAAGAGCUUGUCCAAAAACUUGAGGAGUAUGUGCCAGUGCAUGAUGGAGCCAUAGCCAAAGCAAGGUGGGAGGUUGAGCAGCAGCAGCAGGUGGUGGUGGGGUUCAAUGCAGGUGCAGCUGCUGCUGCUUUGCAGACAGAGGUAGCUUUGUAAAGGAGUUUUAGACAAAUGGAAAGGAAGGGAUGAAUGUUAGGGAAAAAAGGUGUUGCUUUUUGGGUCUCUGAUUUUGGUGAUAAUAUAAGACCAGGCAUACCAUAAUGGUAUGAUAAGGUUUGAUUGACAAGGAGAUAAAAAGGAAAGAACUAGAACUACAACACUGACUCGUUGACUGCUCUCCAAAUCUUUUUGUUGUUUUAAUUUAGUUUUUAAUGUCUUAUUAGUUAUUAAGUUUCUGGGAUAUUAAGCUGGUUGUAUUUUGUGAUCCACUGGAAUCAUGUACAAAGAUUAUUAUAUAGAAAGAACAAGAAGCAAGAUCCAAAAAAUUUGCAGUAGCUGCAGCA